CAGCAACGCACAUUCAAUUGACAGUCAGAUAAUGCUCGCACGAUGCCGCCUAAGAAGAAGGGUAAAGGCGUCGCCAGGGCAGCCUCAACUCCGGUUGCAGAUGAAGACACGGUGAUGGCAGACUCUCCACAGACGCAACAAGUUGAAGAAACACCUAAACCUACCUCAGAUCUUCUGAACGACCCCUGGACCGACGAGCAAGAAACGUCGCUUUUCAAGGGGAUUAUCAGAUGGAAGCCAGCGGGUAGAUUGCCUUGAUAUCCGACUGCAAACCCUUAUUAAUUGUUACCAGGCAUGCAUAAACACUUUCGAAUGAUCGCGAUCUCAGAGCACCUACGCAACCACGGCUACGAUCCCACGAUUGAGAAGCACACGCGCAUCCCAUGUAUUUGGGAGAAGAUCAGAACCAUGUAUAACCUGGACAUUAUCGAUAAACAAGAAAACUCGUUCGACUACGAGGACGGUGAUCAUAAGUUCUUCGAAUUCAAACUUCCGGAGGAUGACUUUGAGGAACCGAUGUUUAUGAAGGGAAAAUUGGGUUCAAGUGAGGCUGCUUCGUCUUCGCCUCCAAGAAUGGAACGAUCGCCUUCUUUGCCGCCAGCUAGAAAGCGGAAGAGAGGUGAUACGGUGACGCGAAAUCGGGCUAGUACGGUGGAUGAUACAGAUGAGCCAAGAACGUCACGAACCAAUAGUCCGGCUGCGACGGCGGGGAAGGGAACAAGAAAGGGAAGAGCUAAUAGGAACUUUGGCAGAGUGAAAGCGGAGCACCAGGAGGGUAGCGAGAGGGCGGCGAGUAAAGAUACUACCAUGGAUGAGGAUGAUGGGACUGAAGAUGGUGGUGAAGAGGAAGAUGAGGAGGAGGAUCGCGAAUCUUCUCCAAAACCGACAAGUAAGUCGACCUCGAAAGCCAAAUCAGGAACGCCUUCGAAGACGCAGGGUGCUCCGAGGAAGAGCAAACGCAAAAGAUAGAGGAAAUUGGGCUGUGGUAGAGCAUACGGGAUGUCAAGUACAUCCAUUGGCGUCUGCAAGGGAAUCUUCUUACCAAGAACCCGGAAAGUGGCACUCGACUUUAGAACGACUGGUCACUAUGGGAUUGCCUUGGACGAUGAUUUCUCCACUUGCUUAUAGUACGAUAUGCACUGUAGGAAAGGAGCACUACUAGAUGGUCUUUGGAAUCAAGGGGUUCCCUCAGAACUUGAAGCAGCUGUAUGAAGUUGUUGCAGAUGGGCGAAUGGAGAAUGCCCGCGAAAAUACGCUUGGGAACUCUUCCUUUGCGCGAUUGGUACCAGAUAUCAUUCCACGUAGGGAAGAAUUACCACGUAGCUUUUCAAGUCAGCCAUUGGGUGGAGAUUGAUGUGGGGUUUUGUGACAAUACGUGACCUGGCAUAUUGGCA